UUGUGAAACUCGUGUAUUAAAUAAAUAUUAGUUUAAGUCUUUGGUUGUUUUAAUUGUGAUGAUUUUGGCUCACAUUUAACAACAUUUAACAAAGCGGCUUACAAUAAUUACAUGAGAGUUUUCUGCGCCACUACAGGGAGCACUGUUUUUUAAGAGGUGGGUGGAGUUAAAAAUGAAAGUGAUAGAAAAGAAAAAACAAGCUGCUGCGUCAUUCGGAAGCUUCAUGUUGUAAACACCGUAUUUGCUGCAUAUUUGUGGUAUUUCCUGAAUUUGUAUGAUCAAACAUCUUCACUGAAAAUCAAAAGACAAAAAACGAUCAAAUGACUGGCAGCACAGGGUGCCAAACAAACCGUAUUUGCUGCAUAUUUUGUGGUCUGCAUCAAUCUCUCAACACACUUUGAUUAAGGAGAGUAGGAGGACACUUGCUCUAAAAUGAGUUCUUCAUCUGCUGGAUCAAAUGGUGAUCAAUCCAUGAGGAAUCAUCCCUCUGUGUUCAAUGAUGAAAAUGUGACCUUUGACCUCAGUAUCAGCAAGAGCAAGACACCAAGACCAGAGUCUCCAGAACCCAGCAAUGUGUCUGUGAAGAGCAGCAAAUCCAUGGAAACAGCUUUUAGAUUCAGUGAUGGAAAAGAGAUCUCCGAUCCUCUUAUCAGCAAGAGCAAGACACCAAGAUCAGAGUCUCCAGAACCCAGCGGUGUGUCUGUGAAGAGCAGCAGAUCCAUGGAAGCACCUUUUAAAUUUAUUGAAGGAAAAGAGAUCUCCGAUCCUCUCUCUGUUCUUUUCAAUUUUAGCAUGGGGAAGAUACAUGAGACGAUCAGAUCUGUGUCUUCCUCUACAUUCCACUAUCAGACCCAUAUCAGGCAGGACAAAACUGAAGUAGUCCUGCCGAAACACACACUGGAGACUAGAGACCUGCAGAGAGUCAAAGACCAGCACAAAACCAGUAUGAAGUACAAGUAUGAGAGAUUAUUUGAGGGAAUGACACUCCAAAAGAAUGAAACCCUCCUGAACAGGAUCUACACACAGCUCUACAUCAUAGAGGGAGAGAGUGAAGGAGUGAAUGAAGAACAUGAGGUUUUACAGAUGGAGAAAACAGCCAGAACAAAACACUCACAAGAGACUCUGAUCUACUGCAAUCACAUAUUUAAAGCUUCACCUGAACCAGGAUGUGAGGAGAAAGACCAAAUCAAGACUGUUCUUACUAAAGGCAUCGCUGGAAUCGGAAAAACCGUCUCUGUGCAGAAGUUCAUUCUGGACUGGGCCGAGGGAAAAGCCAAUCAGGAUGUAGAUUUCAUGUUUGUUCUUCCAUUUCGAGAGCUGAACUUGAUCCGAGAUCGUCAGUACAGUCUUCACAGACUUCUGCUGGACUUUCAUCCUGAACUUCAAGAUCUGGACUCAAAGAUUUAUGAGGCGUGUAAAGUUGUGUUCAUCUUUGAUGGUCUGGAUGAAAGCAGAAUCACACUGAUGUUUUCAGAUGAUCAGAAAGUUUGUGAUGUAACUGAGACUUCAUCAGUGGGUGUGUUGAUGUCAAACCUCAUGAAAGGAGAGCUGCUUCCCUCUGCUCUCAUCUGGAUCACCUCCAGACCAGCAGCAGCCAAUCAGAUCCCCUCCAAAUACAUCAACCGUCUGACAGAAAUUCAGGGAUUCACUGAGCCUCAGAAGGAGGAAUAUUUCAGGAAGAGAGUCAGUGACCAGCAUCAAGCCAGCAGAAUCAUCUCACACAUCAGAAGAGCAAGAAGCCUCCACAUCAUGUGCCACAUCCCCGUCUUCUGCUGGAUCUCAUCCACUGUGCUUCAGAAGCUCCUGGAAGAAGAUCUGAGUGCAGAAAUCCCUCAAACUCUGACUGAAAUGUACAUCCACUUCCUGCUGAUUCAGAUCAACAUGAGGAACCAGAAGUAUGAAGAGAGAGAUCCAGAGAAACUCCUUCAGUUCAACAGAGAAGUGAUUGUGAAACUUGCUGAAGUGGCUUUCAAACAGCUGAUGAAGGGCAAUGUGAUGUUCUAUGAGGAGGACCUGAUUGAGAGCGGCAUAGACAUUACUGUUGCUUCAGUGUAUUCUGGGAUUUGCACUGAGAUCUUUAAGGAGGAAUCUGUGAUUCAUCAGAGGAAAGUCUACAGCUUCAUUCAUCUGAGCGUUCAGGAGUUUCUCGCUGCUUUCUAUGCAUUUUACCAUUAUGUAAUGAUACAUAUUGAUACAUUGCAGUUUUGUGAUGUUAUGCACAAUCUGCAUAGAGAUGCAGUAGAUAAAGCCCUUGCGAGUGAGAAUGGACACCUGGAUCUGUUCCUGCGGUUCCUGCUGGGAAUCUCACUGGAGUCCAAUCAGAGACUCUUACAGGAUCUACUGACACACACAGAGAACAGCUCAGAGAGCAUCAGGAGAACCACACAGUACAUUAAAGAGAAGAUCAAAGAUGGACAUGGACUCUCUGCUGAAAGAUCCAUCAAUCUGUUCCUCUGUCUGCUGGAAGUGAAAGAUCAGACUCUGUCCAGAGAGAUUCAGGAGUUUGUGAAAUCAGACAAACACUCAGAGAAGAAACUCUCUCCUGCUCACUGCUCAACAAUCACCUACAUGCUUCAGAUGUCAGAGGAGGUGCUGGAUGAGCUGGACCUCAAGAAAUACAACACAUCAGACGAGGGGAGAAGACUGAUACCAGCUGUGAUCAACUGCAGAAAAGCUCUUCUUGCUGUCUGUAAUCUCACUGCUCAGGAUUGUGAAAUUGUAUCAUCAGCUUUACAAUCUUCAAACUCUGUUCUGAGAGAGCUGGAUCUGAGUAACAAUGACCUGCAGGAUUCAGGAGUGAAGAUUAUUUCUGAUGGACUGAAGAGUCCAAACUGUCAGCUGGAGAUACUGAGGUUGUCUGGCUGUAUGGUGACAGAGGAAGGCUGUGGUUAUUUGUCUUCAGCUCUGAGUUCAAACCCCUCACACCUGAGAGAGCUGGAUCUGAGCUACAAUCACCCAGAACCAUCAGGAGUCCAGCUGCUCAAACACAGACUGGAGGAUCCAAACUAUAAACUGAAGAUACUCCGUUUUGACUAUGGAGCCCCUUUGAGAAUCAUCCCAGGACUGAGAAAAUAUGCCUGUGAUCUCACACUGGAUCCAAACACAGCACACACUCGACUCAUCCUGUCUGAGGACAACAGAAAGGCAAGACAUGACAAAGAGCCACAGGGGUAUCCUGAUCCUCCAGAUCAUCCAGAGAGAUUUGAGCAGCAUGAGCAGGUUCUCUGUAGAGAGAGUCUGUCUGGACGCUGUUACUGGGAGGUUGAAUGGAGUGGAUGGGCUUAUAUAGCAGUAACAUAUAAAGCAAUCAUCAGGAAAGGAGGAAGUGAAUCUUGGUUUGGAUACAAUGACAAAUCCUGGAGUUUGUACUGCACCGAUGACAGAUAUUCUGCCUGGCAUGAUAAUAAGAAAACUGACAUACCAGCCCCUUCAUCCUCUAAUAGAGUAGGAGUGUAUGUGGACGUGUCGGCCGGCUCUCUCUCGUACUUCAGUGUCUCUGACACACACACACUCACACACUUACACACAUUCAACACCACAUUCACUGAACCCCUCUAUGCUGGAUUCAGGGUGUUUCAAUCCUCAUUGUCUCUAUGUCAGAUUAAAUAAUCUGCUGUGUGAAACAAUUGAGACAUCAUAAACAAAUGCUCUAUUUGUUCAAGCAGACAGAAUCUUAUAUUUUUCCUCUUUUCUUUCAUAACUUUUUAUUUUGAUUUCAUGGGGGUGUAACGUUUGUAAGUUGACGUUUUUAGUGUUUUUGCCUUUAGCUCAUUUACGUGCUAGUGUACGGCUAAACGUUGAGCAAAUCUGUUUUCCCAUGUUACAGUAUAUGCAUUUAAAAGUACUAAUUGGAAAUGAGAGUUUGUGUGCGUGCGUGUGCGUUUGUGUGUGUGUGUUUUAUGACUUUGUGUGUGCAAAGAGACAUCCAUAUUGUUCUCUGUAUUGAUGGUGAAUUGUACAGAUCGCUGGCUUCUUCAAUGUCAAGAUUACAGAUGAUCGUAAAUCCAGAGGUAGUGAGAGAAGAAAUGUUGAAUGAGGUUGUUUUUUUUUUUUUCUUCUGAUUCUGGGAGUGAUUCUCUUUUUGUAGGAUUUUUUUUAUCCUCUUUCCAUUUGUGUCAGGAUUGUCAGAAACUGCUACUGUUAUAAUAUGCUAUUGUUGCAUACUGUUUUAUAAUGUACUACAAUACUGAUCAGGUAUUUGCAAUAAGUAUUAUAAAUAGCAGAAAAUACUGCUGUUUUAAAAUAGUGUAAAUUGCUAAAAGAAUAUGCUAUUUUCACUUAGUUUAAAUAGCAUCUAUUGUGCAAAUAGCCACUGCCUGAUUUAAAUGAGAUCAUCUUCUGCGACGCUGAAAUGAUUUUUUUAAGAUAAUGUAUUCAAUAUCUGUGUUUUGUUGUGAAGUCAUUUUUGGCUCACUCUGUGUUCAACGUUGACAUUUCACAUUCAACAUUUUUUUUACACAAUUAUGUUUGCUAGAGUGCUUCAUAUUUAUUUUGUUUUGUUGCUUCUUUGACGUUUUAACUUUUUAUAUUUAUAUUUUCAGAUUUGUUUUUUUUCCUCGUGUUUUGAACUGAUUCUAUCAAAACUUUUCUCUCAGAUAAGCUAAAAUUGUGCUUUGUGGAAACAGUCAAAAUGAAUUACAAAAUAUUAAUGAAUAAUCAAACUUCAUAAUGUUGCAGCAGUGAAAGUAACUUUUAAGGACCAGUUUAGGUAAAAUAUAUCUUUAAUAGAACAGCUUCAGACAAACGUAGCACUGGCUUACUGUUUUUUUCUCAGUUAAUAUUUUCACCUGGUGAAUCACAUUCACUGUCUGUCAGUAAUGUGUUUAUAGUUCAAAUUUACAGAAUUUACAGACAUACGGCACAUGCUGCCUUUACACUCAAACCUUUCUUUUGUAGGAUGUCAUUUUUUUUUUUGUCAAAAACAAAGAAAAGCUGCUUGAGUGCCAAAAUUCUUCUCUUUAAUCUUCUUUUUUUGUUUUUUUUAAGCAUUUGGAGCAUUAGUUAUUCAUGCAUAUAUAUCCCAAUAUGGAUUAUAUGUUGGAAGAAAUGUAUGUUUGACACUGUUCAGAAUAAACAAAUCCAUAUCAACAGA